AUGACCGCCGAGACGGUAGCGGCGGCCCUGUACAACGGGUGGAUAAGCCUCUUCGGAACUCCACUCACCAUAACCACUGAUCAGGGCACGCAAUUUAAGUCGUCGCUGUUCGCCUCCCUCGCAAGAGCCGUCGGAGCCGAGAAGAUCAGGACGACGCCUUACCACCCGCAGUCUAACGGCCUUGUUGAGCGGAUGCACCGCACGCUCAAGGCCGCCUUGAUGUGUAAACUUGGAGCCUCGCAUCCGACUUGGUUGCAGCUGCUGCCCUCCGUCCUGCUUGGACUGAGGACCACGUACAAAGAGGACCUGCAAGCAUCCCCUGCAGAGCUGCUCUUCGGGACGUCGCUGCGCAUCCCAGGCGAUUUUUUCACCACUGAUGACCUCCAAAGCCCACAGGGACCUAAAGAAUGCUCGCACGUCUUCAAAAAGGUCGAAGCGAUCAAGCCACCGCUCACCCAACCGUACACGGGCCCACACCGGGUCUUGCAACGCCUUGACGACCGCCGCUACAUCAUAGAGGUCAACGGCGAGCAAAAGACAGUGAGCAUCGCGCUGCUCAAGCCAGCCCAUCUACCAGCUGACGAUGCAGGCGCUUCUGAGCAGUCGCCCAGGCGCACCGUGAGAUUCCAGCACACGCCUGCUGACAUACCUUCUUCGUCGUCGCCCUUGGGGUCAACGACUGGGAGGGGAGUACCUGUGGCGCCCCAGUCGGUCCCGCCAAGCAACACGCCUCCGGCCCCCCUGUCGAGUGCGUCCCGACGGAAACCAAGGAAGCAGUCUCUGAUGCCGCGCUCGGAUGAGUGA